AGCUGGUUGUCAUUUCUGUGUGUGCUCGGUCCUGACUAGAAGGACGGGGAGGAGCAGCGGAGACGGACAGAGCCUGACGAGAGACGCGCAUAGAGGGAUCAUCAUCCCCCCUCCCCCGCUCCCCGAGACCGACACAGAGACCCCCUUCUUCUUCUUCUUCCUCCUUUCCCCCGAUACACGUCCAUCACUCGCUGCCCUUCACCCUCUCCGCUCGUUUUUCUGUCACACCGGGGCGGGGGAGCAGAGGCAACCAUAUGCUGUAAUGUCACAGAGACAGGGAGGCGAGCUCCUGCGCUGUCACUGAAGAGCUGGCUUCAUGAGGGUGCUGAGAGGAGGAGGACACCACCACUACCACCACACGGAGGAGAAGACCACAGCGAGGCCUCUGCCUUCAUACCUAUUAGCUGUGCUCUCCAUGACAGAAAGCUCCCCAUUGAUCUCUGGGCUGCACUACAUGGAUUGAAUCUGGGGAGAGGCACAACCCACAUUCACUAAACCAAAGAAUCACUUGGUAGAUUCCAGCCCCGGUUUCCUCUGCCUGACACCAGGCAGUGGUAAAUGUCUGACAAGGAUCACCAUUAGAAGGUGUGGAGAUUUUGUAUGCACUAAGCACAAUUUGGCUUCGAGCAGAAAGGAAACCGACGCAAAUUUUUGCUCUGAAAAAAUUAGUACUAAAUGGGGGAUUACGGGUUUGGAGUGCUGGUGCAAAAUAACACUGGGAAUAAAUCGGCGUUUCCAGUCAGGUUUCAUCAACAUUUGCAGCCUACUCACCACCAUCAGAAUGCCACCCCGAGCCCCGCCGCUUUCAUAAAUAACACCGCUGCCAAUGGCAGUAGUGCCGGCUCAGCAUGGCUCUUUCCUGCCACGGCUGCCCAUAACAUCCAGGAUGAGAUUCUGGGCUCCGACAAAUCCAAAUCUCAACAGGAACAGCAAGAGUCCUUAGAAAAACAGCAGCUUUCCCCUAGCCAAAGCCAGGAGGCGGGGAUCCUACCUGACCCCGAGAAGGUGAAAUCUGAGGAAAAUCCAGGAGACAGCUCUUCGGAAAACGGGAAGGAGAAAAUAAGAAUCGAGUCUCCUGUGUUGACAGGGUUUGAUUACCAAGAGGCGUCAGGGCUGGGGUCUUCAAACCAGACCCUGACCUCCUCUGCAUCUCCCCUCACGGGGUUCAGCAAUUGGUCAGCUGCUAUCGCCCCUUCUUCUAACACUAUCAUUAAUGAGGAUGCAAGUUUCUUUCACCAGGGAGGGGUCACUGCCGCUUCGGCAAAUAAUGGUGCUUUGCUGUUCCAAAAUUUUCCUCACCAUGUCAGCCCCGGGUUUGGAGGUAGCUUUUCUCCACAGAUUGGACCCAUGUCUCAACAUCACCCCCACCACCCCCAUUUUCAGCAUCACCAUAACCAACAUCAACAGCAAAGGAGGUCUCCUGCCAGUCCACACCCACCCCCGUUCCCCCACAGAAAUGCUGCUUUUAACCAACUACCCCAUUUGGCCAACAAUCUCAAUAAACCCCCCUCUCCAUGGAACAGCUACCAAAGCCCAUCACCUACACCAUCUUCUUCAUGGAGCCCUGGUGGUAGUGGAUAUGGAGGAUGGGGUGGGUCCCAAGGUAGGGAUCACCGUAGAGGACUUAAUGGAGGAAUAACGCCCUUGAAUUCCAUCUCGCCCUUAAAGAAGAAUUUUGGGAAUAACCACAUCCAGUUGCAGAAGUACGCCAGGCCCAACUCUGGCUUUGCACAAAAGUCUUGGAUGGAAGACAGCUUGAACAGAGCCGACAACAUAUUUCCAUUUGCGGAUCGCGCCAGAACAUUUGACAUGCAUUCACUGGAAAGCUCCCUGAUCGACAUCAUGAGAGCAGAGAAUGAUUCACUGAAAGGCCAGUCCUCUCUUUUUCCAAUGGAAGACGGCUUCUUGGAUGAUGGUCGAAGUGAUCAAACUCUCCACAGCGGCUUGGGGUCUCCUCACUGUUUUCCACAUCAGAAUGGUGAAAGAGUGGAGCGCUAUUCCCGCAAAGUGUUUGUGGGUGGUUUGCCUCCUGAUAUCGAUGAAGAUGAAAUAACUGCUAGUUUUCGUCGGUUUGGUCCUCUGAUUGUAGACUGGCCACAUAAAGCGGAGAGUAAAUCUUAUUUCCCACCAAAAGGCUAUGCAUUCUUGCUGUUUCAAGAUGAAAGUUCUGUGCAAGCUCUGAUUGAUGCUUGCAUUGAAGAGGAUAGUAAGCUCUACCUGUGUGUGUCAAGCCCUACCAUUAAAGAUAAGCCUGUUCAGAUCCGGCCCUGGAAUCUUAGUGACAGUGAUUUUGUGAUGGAUGGCUCCCAGCCUCUCGAUCCACGGAAAACUAUUUUUGUUGGAGGUGUCCCACGACCUCUGCGAGCUGUGGAGCUAGCUAUGAUUAUGGACCGUCUGUAUGGAGGUGUAUGCUAUGCUGGCAUAGACACAGAUCCUGAGCUAAAAUACCCUAAGGGAGCUGGGAGAGUUGCCUUUUCCAAUCAACAGAGUUAUAUAGCUGCUAUCAGCGCCCGCUUUGUUCAGCUACAGCAUGGAGAAAUUGAUAAGCGGGUGGAGGUGAAGCCAUAUGUCUUGGAUGACCAGCUGUGUGACGAGUGUCAAGGAGCGCGCUGCAGUGGCAAAUUUGCUCCGUUCUUCUGUGCUAAUGUUACCUGUCUGCAGUAUUACUGUGAAUAUUGCUGGGCUGCUAUCCACUCACGUGCUGGCCGGGAGUUCCACAAGCCGCUGGUAAAGGAGGGAGGAGAUCGCCCAAGGCAUAUUUCAUUCCGUUGGAAUUGAACCACCCGUUGCUUAACUUCCUUCCAAGGAUCCAAAUAAGUGCACUCUUCUGUUCUCUUAACCCUCCUACCAUCCUUAGGAAAGCAUGUCCUCUUGUUGUAGUCUGUAUUUUAACAAUAGUAUAACGAAAGAAUGACCUACACCAUAGGUAUUUGUAAAGUCUUGUGUCAUUGAGAACUGUAUUGGAAAGCCUUUUUGUUCAUAACAAUAUCACUCUGAUGCAUGCAUGUUUCAUGCUGUCCUCAUCGAAAACCAAGGGAGCAGGGAGACUGCAACUAAUAUUAUUAUAAUUCUUUUUUUAUUUUUCAAAGAGAAGCGUUUGAGAGCUUGCAACUAGAUAAUUAUUAAGAAAACCAGAGUAUUUUUUUUAAUUAAAUUAUUGUUAAAUAAAAAAUUAACAGAAGAUUACUGUUAAUGUAACCAUGCAUCCACAGUAACACUAUGGGUCUGUUUGACACAGCUUAUUUUUUACUAGGGGGGAUUUUUUAUUUCCUAUUUAUUGGGGAUUUUUUUUUUUUUGUUUGCUUUUUACCUUUUAGUGGAAGUUAGUAAUUGCCUAUUGUGAAAAUGAAUAACCCACACACACAAAAAGCAAGAGAAAAUUGAAAGCAGCAUUGUUUGUGGACAGUUUUGGUAAGGGGUAAAACAAAAGGCAGAUGCCUCCAAUAUUUAUCUUUUCUAUUAAGCCACUGUCACUUUCUUUCUGUUCUGGCAUCCACAUAACUGGCGGAAUCUCCUUUUGAAGUAUUUUACACGUGGGCUAUUUAAGAAUGUAAAUGUUGAGUGAAGUUACUACUGAGGGGAGUGCACUUAUUUAUUUAUUUUUUCAGUGAAAAAAAAAAUAAUUAAAGAUUUUUUUAAAAACCAACACGGUAUCAGUUAUGACCCAUAUUUCCCCAGAAAAAUUCCUACCAAAGCUGAGAGAAGUGGAAUUACAGAAGGCAGGUUUUUUUUUCUGCGCAGAAAGAACAAAUGUAUAGAUUUUUUAUUUUUGAUGCUUAAUAUAUAUCUAUAGUCCUAACUCGACUCUUAACCUAUAUCAGGUGCCAGCUUCUGUUCUCCAUUUUGACACCGAACACUUGAAAGAUACCUCAAGGAUGGAAUUGGAUGUUUGUAAUGCCUCCAGUUAGAAUUCCGGCCAUUAACAGAGGAGCCCAUUGUUGCUGUAGUAACCCCUUUGCUGCCUGAGAGUAUAGUGGCGGCACACAUCAGUUUCCCAUGAGUCAUACAGAUGUAUUAUUACCCUUUGGACAUCAAAGGACCAAUGAAGGGCUUCCCUCAGCAUAAUGUCACUUUAUACACCUGCUUCUUCUGCUUGGCUAUGGGUAGUGCAGUGACGUUGCAUUGUACUGUAUGGCUGCCUAUCCGUAUUUGCUUUGCCGUAUCUCAUUGGAGUAGUUGUCACUUUUGCUUGAAGCUUCCCCUCCCUUCUUGCUGUAGUUCGUAGAAUGCAAAAGAUAUAAAUAAUUCUAAAUCAAACUCUUUCCAUUCGGAGCUAGCUUGUGUGUUUGGCUAAGGAACUUUCAUUACCUAGUUUUAAUGCCUUUUGGCACUGUAGACUUUAAGCUGCUUAUACCACUGAAUAAUCUUGAUGCCUUAACUCUUUACAGGCCAAGUAACUUAGCCAGCACUCAUCUUUUCCAGCCACUGAGGCAGCUUGAAGCUUCAUAUAAAUUAUCGCAGUACAGAUGUGAGGUUGGAUAUUUUGGGUUUUUUAGUCAGUAUAAAGCACUGCCCUGUAUAUUCAAGCAGAUGUAUCCAUUAUAUCCAAUGUGCAAUAUUGUUAUGCUUGGAAAUUUUGCUGCUACCCAUCACACAAAUGUGCUACUGAGUGACCUCAACACCCUUCAAGACAUCUUGAGAAAAAGUUAUGUCUGUUUGGAACUGCACAAUUCCCGUUCAUACUGAAUGUGUUGUCGCUUUUGCGGACAAAAAGUAGAAGCCGUGAUUUUGUAGGCUGAACUGGUAUGUAUCCGAGUGUAGUCUGUUGAGGCACUAGGUGCUUGAAACAUAGAGCUUUCUGAUAAAUGGUUCACCUUGAAAUAUGCAUGUCUCUAUUGUGUGUGUUUGCCAGGCUCACUUUAAAGAGGACCUGCCACCACAAAAUGCCAUACAGUCUGCAGGUAGCAGGUUAUAGAGCAGGAGGAGCUGAACAGAUUGAUAUAUAGUGGGAAAAUAUUCAGUAAAACUUGUAAUGUAUGCAUUUAUCUCAGCUUUUUCUGAAUUUAGUACCAUCACCUAUCUAUCAAUGACUGACAGCUAUCUAUGUAUACACAAUUACACAGAGAAUGCUAUCAAUCACUGAUAACACUACCCUGUGUACAAAUGAAGUCAGAAAUACAUAGCUAUAACUGUAUACAGGUUUUACCGAAUCUUUUUCCACAACACUACAUGACAAUCUGCUCAGCUCCUUCUGCUCUAUAAUAUGGUGCCUGUAGACUGCACUGCAUUUUGUGGUGACAGGUUCCCUUUAAAUGACAUUUGUCACUACCAUAGAUUGCCUUUACAUUAGGUCAUCCAUGUUCGCUUGUAUCCAUUAUAUGGCUUCCUGAACUGCUGAUUAGUUUGAAGCACAUGAUAUAAACAGAACCUCCUUGCCUUGUCCUAAUCAGCAAAUGCUUAAGAAAUUUUGAGAGUAACUGCAAGGGAUCACACUCUUCGCUUACAGUGGCUUACUUAGUUCUGUAUUAGACCUGCAGAGGGUUUCCCAGCUCAUUGCUAACAAGCAUUCAUUAUCGAUGAUCUGCCUGUGUAAAAGUGCCAUCGGUUACCCAUUCACUGGGCAAUUGCAUUUUUUAUGCAGGUUAAAAAACCAUUUGCCGGUGGCAGAUCAUGAUGUCUAAUAACACUCUGCUGCCCGCUAAAUAAUGAUUCUGUAUGGGGACGAGCGAUGGCAUAUUGUUGAGGAGAUCGUUGCAUGUAGUAGAGGCGAUCUCCUUCACAGACAAGCAGGCGAUUGCCAGGAAGGAAAGCUUCCUUCCCGAUAAUCGGUAUGCUUAUCUGUAGGUGUAAUACAGCCCCUAUUUUGGUCCAUCAUCUUAAGCAGUUCAGAAAUCCAAGUAGUGAAUACAAAGUCAAACCACUCGCUUAUCAUCCUAGUGACAGAUGCCCUUUAAAGUGAGUAUUCCGUUCAUACUAGCAUGACGGGAUUGAGAGUUGAUUCAUACAUCAGUGUGGCAAUGGUUGCACGGAACAUUGUUUAACAGAGGUUCCUUGGGAUUUUUACUUUUGUAUUGCUGCUGUGAAGGGCAAGAUUUGCAGAGGCAUAUUCAAUGAGCUUUUAUGGCAGUUCAUAACCUGGUGCUGUCUGGCUGCAAAAGGGUUACAAUGACUUCUUGCUGUAAGCUUAUAGAGGCAAGUACUCGCUCCGAAAACUGACCGUUUUUUUCUGAACACUGCAGAUGUAACUUUGUUUAAAAGAGCAUUGCUUCCAAACAGUGCUAUCACAGGUUGUGGAAACCAAAGACUUGCUUCAGUGCUGCUGCUUAUCUCUCGAGGAGCCCCUCUGUUACUACCAAAUUUUGACUUCCAGAAUGAGAUCUGGUUUAAAAUAGAAUAUUGAGGUAUUUGACGUUCCCCUCAGCAUUAACGUUACUAAACAAUGAACCUGCCUUUUUAUUUUAUUUUAUUUUUAUUUUAUAAUUCUUCUCUCUAUUCCUUUGUAUCUGUUUCAAUACGCAUCACUACCAUCAGAGGGGUAUGGUAAAAAUGUUAUGAAAUGGAGACACUUGCUGAAGGUUAUAGAGAACUUGUUAGAGGAGCUGCUUACAAAGCCAAUGACGAGCGUCAUUUCUAUAGGUGGGUGCUCUCGUAUACAUCUAGUCAACGGAUUGACAGACUGUUUGUUUUAGUCCUUUCAUCUGCUGAAAAGUGAGUGUAGGUGGCUUGGGGUGUGCUAGAGUGCCAUUCCUACCAGUAAACAGUGGCGAUAACUUAACCUUUUCAUUGCUAAAUGUUUGCAAAACAAAGUCCAGCAGUCCCUUGUGCAUCCAAGGUGCUGUAGUCUGGAUGGCUUUGUUUAGAUUCCACCACGGCAUGGAAAAGGUUAACUCCCGAAAUAAACCACUGUUUGGAAGCUAGCUUUGAAGAAUAUUUUCUCUUUAUUUUCCUUUGUACAUGACCUGCUGACUUUCGGUACAGUGUUUUUGUAGCUAACUUAUUUUUGUCAUGCACAUAUUGUACACUUGUUAUGCACUAAUUUUAUAUAUCUUAUGUUUCCAGCAGUGAGCAUUUAGGCCCACUUUUCACUGGCGGGAUAUCUCUUUAUGCAAUACCUCAAUUUUUCAUAUUGCAAAGAGUAGCUUUUUGUACUUUUAUUACGGAGAGAUCUUCAUAUAACUUCAUUUUUUAAGAUAAAUAAUUUUAAUAAAUUUUUAUUUUCUUAUUCUGCUUUUUAUACAUUUCAGUGCUCUGCAUACAUUGCGAAUGAUGGAUGUUGCGCACUGGUAAUGCUAACUUCAGAACCUGCAGAGAUACAAAAGCAUGUGGCAUCAAAUAUGCUAGCCCGCACCAAGCAUUUGGUGGAUGUUUCAUUCAGUUCUAGAUCUAAUAUUGAGGAGAUGAAAAAAUAAAAAUAGAUAUCGCAUGGACAGGACAAAUUCAAUCUGCUCUUUUUAGUCCCUUGGAAAAAUGCAAAAAAAAAAAAUUGUAGCAUAGAAAUUUAAAAGUAACAACUGAAAAUGUAUUCUGCUUCUUCAUAUUUCUCAUUUUUUAAAGAAGUGAAAAAAAAAUAUAUAAAUUGCAAAUUUUUUUGGUGAAUGUUUAGCCAUUUUACAUAUUAACGAAAUUAAUGUUAGGUGUUUUAUAUUGCAGACAAGACUGCAGUUUGGAAAAAAAAAGCUAAAAAAAAAAGUUUUAAGUGGAAAAAAAAUUAAAGAAAUUAAACCAUACCUUCGGGUUCCAGAUGUGUAAUGUUAGUAUGCAUGACUAAUAUAAGGAAAAAAAAUCUAGUUAUUCUACUAAUAUUCACUUGUUGUUAUUGUGUGAAAAGCGUGUUUACAGACUUUGUAACACUUUAAUUUACAGAGCAUAAAGCCCCAUGACCUUACGCCAUUGUAUGGACUCAUGGCUUUAGUAUAACGUAUGCUAGUAGAUAAUCGACCUCUUCGGCCAAUAGUCGCCACCUCAGUUUGUUAGCUGGGGCGAAGCAUGUGAUAUAUAGCAUAAGUCCUCGUCUUCUCACAUGCCAGAAGUUUUUGGUUUUCUGUAACCUGCUUUCUUCUGAAUAAGCCUUUCUAGCAGUGAGUGCAGUGCUUGUACCAGUAAAGCAGCCCAAGCAUCCCAUGCCAGGUUGUGAACAUGACUCUCUUCUGCACUGUAAAAGAGAGCCGCAUUAUUUUUUGUUUCCUCGUGAUGGAAACCCUCACUGCCCAAUGCUUUGGCCUAGUAUAUACUUCUCCAUACACAGACCUCUGCAUAAUGCAAGUUAAUAUGUUUGCAGUGAAUGACCAGCAUUUUCUUCAAAAUGCUGUUGGAAAGACUUGAUAAUCCCACCUUUUUUUUUUGUUGGUUUUUUUUUUGUUUUCCUUUUUAAGUUUGUUUUUUAUGUUUUUAUUGCUUUUGAAGAGUUUAAGCCUUCAGUUAAAAGGUGAUUUAAAACUUGAAUAUGAUAAUAUAUUGUGGCGAGUUGAACUUCAAGUUGUUAUGUGCAAUACUUAUUUCUGACUUUUGAGAGAUCUUUGCAGUGUAAUUCUUCAUUGUUUUUAAUUGCAGGCAUUUAAAGAUGUCGUUUUCUACUGUUCUAGUAAUCCUCUUUAUUGCUGGUGUUUCUAAAGAAAAGAAUCAGAAAUCAAUCUUUCUACUAAUAUAAAACUGAGAUUAUUUUUUAAAAAAAGGAAUAAAAGAGGUUUUGGUCAUUGGCGUUAUUUUGUUACCUUCUUUUAACCUCUGGCAUGCAGGAGGAGCGCAAGCCUUUUCUAGACUUGUGCCUCUCCAGACAGUCAGGGUUUAAAGCUACUGUGAUUGAUAACAUUGUAAGAAUUGGGACAAUAUUGUAUUCAACUGUUUUAUUUUUUAUAUUUUUAAAUUUGAAAGCAUAAUUAGUUUUUAUAAUUUUCAUCAGAUUCCUUUGUUAUAUUUUUUUGAAAGUGAAAUUAUUAUUAUUAUUAUUAUUAACAAGUGGGUGUCUAGUUUUUACUAAUCCCUAAUGUUAUCUUCUUUUCCAUUGUAUUGCUCAUUUACCAGAAGGAAAAAAAGUUAUUUAAGUAUGUCAGUUAAUUGUACCACUUGGCUGAAUUUACACAUAGUUUUUACUGUGUAUGGGGAGGUUGUAGUAUUUAUUAUAGCAUUUUAAAUAAAGAUAAUUCAUUUUUUUAUUAAAGUCAUUUUCACUUUUAAGUUCAUAUUUUUGUAUGUUUUACUCUAAUUAAGUUAUAUAACACAAGUUCUUUUUUAAAGAGUUCAUUUGUUGAAGUGCUAGUGAAAAAUUAAUGUUAUUAAAUAGUUUGCAAAUGACUAUUUAUACCAGUAUGCAUAUAAUUUUUAAAUAUUUGUAAUGUGAGAUGUUGAAUGAAUAAACUUUUAACGCUAAA